AUGGAUUUUACCUUUCAAAUAGAUAAAACUUUAUCAGAUAAAAUAUUAAACCACCAAUCAACAAGUUCAGUAAUUCCUCAUGUAACACGCUACAAUUUACAAUCUACAAUUUUUUAUAAGAUCAAUCUAUCGUCUAAUAAUUUAAGAGGUAACACAAUGUUGCAAUACCUACCAUUUUUACUUGCCAAGUAUCAAGACAACAUUCUUUGCAGGUGUGGUGGCACUAUGGAGUUUAAAUGCUUGUUGUUGAAAUUAAUCGAGAUAAAACCCACAUGGGAGCAAAUGCAAUUGUUGUUGUCUUCAAUAACAAAAGCUACAAUGAGAAAUAAAUGCUGGAAGUAUUUGUAUGUUUUGUUGGUUGUUUACUUAAGAAUACAAUAUCAUUUUAUUACCGCAGAAAUCAGUGAACAACAUACCGAUUUAGUGCGGUGGUUUGAAGAUGGAUAUUCCAGAUAUAACAAAUUUAAAAGUGUUAAAUUUGACUUAGAUGUAUCUGACAAAAGCUUACAAUUAGAUAAUGCAGAUACAGUUACUAUAUAUCAUAUAGAUGAACUAAUUGAUUGGUUAUUAACCCGAAGAAAUAUCUGGGGGAUUCCGUUAGGAAAUUCAACAUGGAUUAAAGAAGUGGAUGAAAUAAUAUAG